GCUGCCGUCGUGGGACCAGUUAGCUGACUUUUUAGAGAAGCGCUGUCGAACACUCGAAAACGUAGAGCAUGCCAUGGUAGAGCAAGGAUUUCAGGUUGGAAAAAGUGGAAAAAACGUGAGUACCAAUCAAAAUAAAUCAUUUCUUGCUUCGAAAACCUCUGCGUGUGGUUGCGCAUUUUGUGGAUCGGCAGAUCAUCUCAUUUACCACUGUCAACGGUUCGCAAAUUUAUCGCCAAACCUUCGUCAGAAAGAGACCAAGAAACUUUCUCUUUGCCUUAAUUGUCUAAAGGCGGGUCAUCAGAUGCGAGAUUGUAAAUCUGGAUCUUGUCGCAAAUGUCAAUCGAAGCACCACACCCUUCUACAUUUUGAUCGUACAAAUAUAGCUUCACCUGCAACUCGAGGUGCGGCUUCUCAAUCAACUACAGCUCAGUCGAACGCAAUGAUUGCAACGUCGCCUGUCCUUCCACAAGCCCUUACUUCACAAUCUCCAUCUGAUGCUGUGUUUUUAGCCACUGCGAUAAUUCUUGCUAAAAAUCGUGCCGGAACUUUCGUCCCAUGCCGCGCACUGUUGGACUCUGGUUCCCAGCCGCACUUUAUUACAACUCGUUUCGCCAAUCAAUUACAACUUCGUAAAACCAAAUCCUCGGCUGCCAUUUCGGGCAUUGGGGAUGCCAAUUUCUCCACAGAGGGUUACUCGGUCGAUGUCGUUCUGAGGUCGCGGACUUCAGAUUUUUCUACACGUAUUACAGCCGUUGUUGCGCAAACAAUCACUGAAAAUCACCCUAGUUUUUCGGUGGUCACGGCGGACUGGAACGUUCCUUCAAACAUUCAACUAGCUGACCCAAAUUUCAACUUACCGCAGCGCAUUGAUUUGCUCAUCGGAGCAGGAUUGUUUUUCGAACUACUUUGUGUGGGGCAGAUUCAGUUGGCGCCCGGUCUGCCAAUACUUCAAAAAACUCUACUGGGCUGGGUGAUAUCCGGCGGUGGUCAACAGUCUUCAAAGCUCUCGUCAUUUAUAGUUAACAAAAGGUCUUCCAGCUGCGAAGAUUCCAGCACUAGACUGGACGAUUUAGUACGUCGUUUUUGGGAGGUUGAGCAUGUUUUCGAACCAAUCGUUAGGACAACAAAAGAAGAGCUUGACUGUGAGGCGCACUUCAAAAAUAAUCUUUCGCGUUUGCGCUCCGGUGAGUACUCAGUUCGACUGCCACUGAAGCUCGCUCCUGAGGCAUUAGGCGAUUCAUAUCUGCAAGCUAAGCGCCGUCUCGAAGGUCUUGAGCGGAAACUAGCCUAUCCUCAAUUGAAGGCGAAAUAUUCGGCAUUUAUUCGGGAGUAUCUUGACCUCAAUCACAUGUCGUUGGUCCCCAGCGCUUUCGUUCAAGAGUGUAAAUAAUUCUUACCUCAUCAUUGCGUCAUUAAAGAUGAUAGCUCCACAACAAAGCUUAGAGUCGUAUUUGAUGGUUCUGCUUCCA